GGAGCUCGGAGCCCCAUGGGCAACACCGUCACCUGCUGUGUGUCGCCGGACGCCAGCCCCAAGCUCGGCCGGGCCCGCGGCGGCGGCGGCGGCGGGGCAGCGGCGGGGCCCGACCGCUGGGCGGACGCGUACCAGGCGGCGGCGGGCGGCGGCGGCUCGGCGGCGGCGGCGGCGGAGGCCGACUCGGGGGACUCGGAUCCCGGCGGCGGCGGCCCCCACCUCCAGCACAUCAGCGACCGGGAGUUCCCGGAUGAUUUAGCAUUGGAAUCUAAUCCAUCUGAUCAUCCCAGAGCAAGCACAAUUUUCCUUAGCAAGUCCCAAACAGAUGUGAGAGAGAAGAGGAAGAGUAACCACAUCAACCAUGUUUCUCCAGGACAGCUUACAAAAAAAUACAGCUCAUGCUCAACAAUAUUUAUAGAUGACAGCACGGUCAGUCAACCUAAUCUUAGAAGCACAAUAAAGUGUGUAACAUUAGCAAUAUUCUACCACAUAAAGAACAGAUUUUUACUUUGUAGAGAUUCAGACAGAUCAUUGGAUAUUUUUGAUGAAAAAUCUCAUCCUCUCACACGGGAAGAAGUUCCAGAUGACUACUACAAGCAUGACCCUGAUCACAAGCACAUCUACCGGUUUGUUCGGACACUUUUCAGUGCUGCACAACUGACAGCUGAAUGUGCAAUAGUGACAUUGGUUUAUUUGGAAAGGCUUUUAACCUAUGCAGAGAUUGACAUCUGCCCUAGUAACUGGAAGAGGAUAGUCUUAGGAGCUAUUCUGCUGGCUUCUAAAGUCUGGGAUGAUCAGGCUGUUUGGAAUGUGGAUUAUUGCCAAAUAUUGAAGGACAUUACUGUUGAGGACAUGAAUGAGAUGGAAAGACACUUCUUGGAGCUACUGCAGUUUAAUAUCAAUGUUCCUGCCAGUGUUUACGCCAAAUACUACUUUGAUCUCCGCUCCCUAGCAGAUGACAAUAACCUGAGCUUUCUGCUGGAGCCUCUUAGUAAAGAGAGAGCACAGAAACUGGAGGCUAUCUCCCGGCUGUGUGAAGAUAAAUACAAAGACUUGUCAAAAGCUGCUAUGAGACGAUCUUUCAGUGCUGAUAAUUUAGUUGGUAUCCGCCGUUCUAAUGCCAUCCUCUCCUGAGGAGAGAGAAAGGUGCAGCACCAUGAACCAGCAUCCAUAUCAAUCGGAGGAAUACCACCACUCCAUGCACACAAGCCAGCGGUGAUGGUGUCUUCCAGCAAAAGGAGGAGAGGAGGGGUAAAAUUAGCCAAGGGAGCCCAGAGCUUGAGGAGCAUACUUGGUGCAAAAGACAAGACCUUUAUCAAAUCAACUCUCUCCUCCUUUUAAUUUAUCCAGAGGUGCAAAAACAAACUUGUCUCCAUCUUUUCCCCACAGAUGUUUGCUUACUAUGUAGGCCUAUAGCUGUGAACUCUUGAGGUUUUUAAUAAUAAGUAGUUUUAAAUUUUAGAAUUUAAACACUAACGACAUGACUAUAGUUACAAUGUUCUUCUCUCCUCUCCCCUGUUAUCCAGAGUCUUACUGCAUUUGUAUUUCAGGUCAAUGCAGUGUUAACAAAAACAAAACAGAACAUGGGACUCUUUAAAGUAUAAAGCCACUCUGGAGCUGAAAACAAUAGCAUAGACAUGUGUUGAUGGUUUUUCCCUGGUUUGGCUACUAAAAGCUGCUAUUAUUGGUGAUCUGUUCGUAACCAAGAAGCUGCACAGCAGGAAGGAAUCCCAGCUCUGCACCAACUUCACUCCAGUAGAGAUUGUCAAAAGACUUUGAAUGUUUAGACUGGGGGCAGAGAGAUGGUUUUAUGUAUUGUUAAAAUAUAUAGGGUCCAUGCUGCAUUUCUUGUGAAUUAUGGUGCUUCUCUCAUUUUCUAAUACUUAUUAUUGCUCCGGAAGAGACGCAAUCUGUAUAUUCUGAGGCAUUGAAUGAGAAAGUUGGUCUGGAAACAUCAUCACCAUCCCAAACAGUGUAGCAAUCCAGUGGUGAAUGGCAUGUGUGCAGCACUGCUUCUCGAGUUCUACUGCAGAUCUCUUGUGCUAUAUACAGUGGAGUUCCUAAAGCUGAUAUUGUGCAUCCAUCUGGCUCUCCUUGAGUAUUUGUUUCUUGGGAGGGAUUUACAUUCAUAAUGAGACAGUAAUGAGUUUGAGAAUCCUAGACUACCUAACAGGGUAGAUUAAAAAAAAAAAAAGUGUUCAACUGAUAAUUGUUUCCCCAAAGUGAAUUUUAUCUUGCGCAACUGCUCUUGAGGCUUGGGUUUUGUUCCUUCUGAGACUUUGGAAUGGGACCUCACUUUCAGGCUCUGAACCUGAACUCUAAACAGGAUAAGUAUUAUUAGACUCUUCCUGUUACAAGUCUUUGUAAUAUCUUCCCUUCUUGGAUCCAAAUAGAUUCUAGGCAGUUUGUCCUAGGAGCAGAUCUCCCUCCAAAUGGCAUGGUUUCUGUGCACUUCCUCUUCUAGCCAAGGUCCAGAAACUUACACUGAAUAGCAAGUCCAUACGCUUUUGAGAGUGGGGGUGUCUGAGUGCAAUAAUCAGUUUGGCUGCACUCAACUGUUAAAAUGAUGCAUAAAGUCUUUUGUGGUAUGCAAAUAUGCCAGCCCCUGGCUCUCAAAUCCAUGGAACUUGGCACUUCAGGUAUUGAUCACAAUUCAAUUUUGAAAAUAAUGCUACAUCUUCAGGUGGUUUUCCUUUCUCAUGUUUGUAUUAAAAGAAAAGCUAAUAAACUCUA